UGCCGCACGGCGCCUCGGCCGCCAGUACGACAGUUGUCCGCUCCGUGCGCGGCGCGCGCGCCUCUUCCUUAUACACAACUUCCACAUUCCUCAAUUAUUCCUCUAGUCAAAAUGUAGUUUUGGACUUGUGUCACCUAAAAUAAAUUGUGUUAGUGCAAAUUACGAAAAAGUGUUCUAGUGCUAUAAUCGUUACGCGCUACGGUCCAAAGAACAAUGCUGUGGGAAAAAAUAACGUUCAGCUGGCAUCGGCAGUCGUUCCCAGCUACCUACCUAACCUCUCUCCCCCCUCGUGCCGGGUGCCGGGUUCAAUGCGCCUCUCUGCGUUUAUUCAUCGUUUGUGGGAAAAGUUGACCCCCGUGUUAAAAAUUAUUGUUAACGAAUUCACACGUUUCGUGUUUCUGUGGCUUCUGCAUCUUAAAAUUAAGAGCAUCUACCUUAAUACUAGGACUUCUGAGAUUCGAAAUUGUAAUCUUCUAAACUGCGACAGGUGUUGUCAGUUUAUUUAAAUUUACAUUAUCUGAUGUGAUUAUGAGGCUCCAGCAAAGUACCGAUAAGAACCUUUUUAUGCGCCAGUCGACAAGGUUAUACGAAUCUGCAGACCUGAAUUAUUUAUUUUGAGCUUUGCCAUGUUUACGCUGUUUCAACAACGUCAAAAUUUUUAUCUUGCUAUGGCGUUUAUACUUUAUCAAAUGAGGACUAUUAGGCAAUGUAUUUAGUUUCCACGUAAAAGGUGUAAUAAACAUUAUUUUAAUUGUGUGUUGAUACGGAUACAGUGCGCUGAUGUGAUGACGACUGAUGACGUGUUGCAGUGAUUUUAAGUGGAUUAGUGAAUUAAUGUAGUGAAGUGUUUGCCAAAUUUGUUGGACGUUUAACAAGUAAAAUUUCAAAGAUGGGCAAUCAAGGAUCUUCGCCACACGAGCCGCUGGAUCGCGCUCAAGUUCCUCAGAAUGGAGACUUCAAAAUGAAGUCAUCAGUUCGAAGCUCGUUGCGGCGGGCGCGCGCGGGGAGCGCGCUUUCGCCGCCGCGGGCAGGCAUGGAGAGACUCCGCCGGUCUUUCCGCGAGUCGUUCCGGCGGCGCAAGGGCUCCCCGCCGGAAUCCGCGCGCCCGCACCAAUGGCACGCCGACGAGGCCGCCGUCAGGGCGGGCACGUGCACCUUUCCCGUCAAAUACCUGGGCUGCGUCGAGGUCUUCGAGUCGCGGGGCAUGCAAGUGUGCGAGGAGGCGCUUAAAGUACUUAGGAAUUCCCGAAGACGUCCAGUUAGGGCGGUUCUACACGUGAGCGGAGAUGGACUACGCGUUGUGGAAGAAGAAACUAAGGGGCUCAUCGUCGAUCAGACCAUCGAGAAAGUAUCUUUCUGCGCGCCUGAUAGAAAUCAUGAAAGGGGAUUUAGCUACAUCUGCCGCGACGGGACAACCCGGCGGUGGAUGUGCCACGGCUUCCUGGCGUCGCGGGACAGCGGCGAGCGACUGUCCCACGCGGUUGGCUGCGCCUUCGCCGCGUGUCUGGAACGCAAGCAGCGCCGGGACAAGGAGUGCGCUGUGAGCAUGAGCAUCGACGCUGCCAGCCAUGCCUUCACUAGGCAGGGAUCCUUCCGAAAGUCUGGUAUAACCGCCCGUCGCAGCUCGGAAGCGGACGCGUCGCCCGGUAGCGGAGUGGGCGUGUCUCCCGCCCCCUUGCCCAAGCCGGCGCCCCAUAACCCCUUCGCGGUAGAAAGGCCCCACGCGGCGCCCCACUUGCUGGAGAGACAAGGCUCGUUCAGGGGCUUCGCGCAUCUUAACAAUAGCGGCUCGUGCGCCGUGGAGCGCCCGCACGCGGCGCCGCACCUGCUGGAGCGCCAGGAGUCCUUCCGCGGGCUCGCGCAGCUUAACAACAGUUCCCCGUUCAAGCGGCAGAUGUCGCUGCGCAUCAGCGAGCUGCCGUCCAACCUGGAGCGCGCGCGCGCCGGGCUCGCCUCGCCGCCGCGCGCGCAGCCGCUGCCCGCGCCGCCCGCGCUGCUGGCCAAGCCCGAGCCGCCGCCCGCUGAGAACUCGAUCACCUCUCUAGGCUCGAUGAGCGAAGACCCAGUGGCGGCGAUGUGCCAGCAACUAUCGCUCGGUCUCCGCGCGCUCGCCGAGGCCGAGGCCGAGCCGGUGCCCGUCCGGGCGGCCGCCGCGCUGCCGCAUCCGGACGCGUGGCUCGGACGCGUGGCGCGCGCGCCGCCGCUCGCCGCCGCCGGACGCGCCGCCAGCUACGCCGGACACCACUCCACCAACCCCUUCCUAGCGCCCGCGCCCGCCCCCGCUCCCCUCUAAACAGGUGACACCUGACCGCUUGAACUUGAAGCUCUUAAUCAUUUCGACGAAGCAUUAGGAAUGUUGGCAUCCCUAAAUCUAUUGAUUCCGUCUCCUGGUAGUCAUUUGUGGCCGGCUAGGGACAACUCAUCGUUUGAAGACGGAAAACUCCAGCUCUGGAUUAAAUUUUGUGUGGCCCGUAAGCCGUAGCGUAAAGUGAAGAUCCUUGAAGCAGUAAUGCUUCAGUUGUCGAUAACUACUGCGCAUUGGAAAUUCUGGCACCCGUAAAUUGAUAGUAGCCGCAACUUAAUUUGAGAAUAAAAAAGACCGCUUGAAGCCAUAAUACUUCAGCUUUUGAUGGAAACAACGAAGCAUUGGAAAUAAGUGAAUCCAUAUUAAAUCCAGUUCCUAUUUCAAAUGUACACGAUACACGAUGUGAAGUCAAUCGAGUCUUGUAUGGAAUUUUAUUAUUGUGUGCUGGGUAUUCAUAUAAAGAUUAAAACGUCCAAUAUUUAAUUAUACAGUCGUUAUGCUGAUUAUGGUCACACUUCAACAGAAAGAUUUCCAAGGAAGAACAUUAAUCACGUAUUGUCUGAUCUAAGCAGUAAGCAUAAAUAUCUGGAAAUUAGCGCUUAUAAUGUGGCUUGGAUAUUGGAAACUCACAAUUUGAGUUACUGCAAAUAGUACCUGAAAAAGUGCUUGUAAAUAUAUUUUUCUAAAUGGUGUACGAUUGCAGUGUUACAAAAACGUGUUGUCAUUAACCUCGAAAAUUAAAUGUUUGAUAUGAUUAAAAUAAUUAUGUCGUAAUCAACAAAAUAUUUAUUCUAUUAAAAUUAUUGCCCAAUUAAAAUAUUGGGACUAAAAUUGCAAUGACUUUGACGUACGUAGUAACAACGAAGAACGUGAGUUUGUACUUAAAUAUUUAAUCGUUCUGAUAAUCCCAUUAUUGUUGUUAGGUAUUAAAAUCGACGAAUAAAUAGUGAUGCCGUCGUUGCUCACUUAUUUAUGUAUAUCACCUGUGAUUAUACAUAAGAGAGUGACUAUAUUGUCCUCUGGACAUGUUUUAAAAUGUUAAUCCAAUUUCUGCGCACUUGUUAUUAGCAUAGAGGCGCUACGCUGUCAGUAUUGUGUCGCGUCGCUCGGCCGCUAGAGUUCCUACGACGAACACUAAAUGGUGCGACACCCGCGUUGGUCGGGCGACGAUGACGCAUCAAGUGUGUUUAUGCCAUUUUACGCAUAGUCCGCACUUGAAUGUAUUAAUAUAAUGUAUAUUUAUGUACGUAUAUACAAAAAUCCCUUGCCAGGAAGAAAAAUAUUCAACGGAUUUGUGGAGGAAACUUAUUUAUUGAGAAAUAUACUUAAUUAUUUGUUAAUAGAAGAGUGUGAGUUUAUUGAAAAUUGCGGCGUCUGUUGUUUGAAUUCAAACACAUUGAAAGUCUCGGUUGUAUUUAGAUUGAAUUGUUUGUAUGUAAUACAUGAAAAGUAAAGCACAAUUUUUUCAAGCUACUAGUUAAGAACGUAUCUCAGCCACUAAAUCCUAACUCUAACAUCGAAACAUGCAUAGCGAAUAACAUAAAGAUACGCUAAAACUGGCAUGUUAAAAUAGACACGUUACAACAGUUAUGGAAGGAAGUAUCAUUAGAUACGUUCAUCACGGGCUUGAAUACUAUUCUAGCUUCUAACAUUAUUUAUAUAUCGUUAGGUAAAAAUAUAAUUCAGCUUACGUGCAUGUAGAUGUACUUAAUUAUAAACUCGCACUGUGCUUCUGCGUUGCACAUCGCCCGCGUAGGCUGUCGUGUCCGCGGAACAUUCGUCCAUGCAGUAUUACUUCGUGCCGGGCGCCUCGUAAACGCGUGGAAACAUUAAAUGAACAAUGCAGUAUUUUAUUGUUAAACAAUUACGUAAUUGUAUCAUAGGGUUUUGGACAUAUUUUUUCCUUUUGUAUAUAAUUGUAAAUUUGUAGGAUAUUUACUUGUGUAACCCUUCGUGGAUCUGUUUUUUAUACUUUUUUUAUUAAUAGCGAUUAACUUUAGGGUGGUUUUCGGGUCGAACAAAUGAUAAUGUUUCUUAUCUUACGUCUGUUCACUGUAGUAGAUGGUGUACUUGUUGUUUUCAAAUAAGUAUCUAUGUUUAUGUUACAUUUGUUUUGUUAUUGGUUUUAUCGAUGUCUAUUGACAAAAGUAUUUUACAUAUUGUUCAAAACCAGACAACAAUAACUAACUUGGUCCGUCUUAAAUUCAUUAGUCCUUAUUUGAAUGUUUCAUAAAAAUAACUGCAGUAUAAAUCCGUCAAUAAUUUAUUUAAUUUUUACAUUCCAGUUUACUGCAAAUGUAUAUUGGUGAUAGUAUAGUGGAACUAAACAAUGAUCGCAUAUCACUAGCUAGCCUUGCAUAAAUGUAUAAUGAAUAUUAUAUCGCACGCGUGUACUUACAUUUGUAACAGUUUGUAAAAUGUACCUUACUAAGAAGCAUUGCGUAAUGUAUCUCGCGCCUUUUAUCUACUUACUGAGAUCUCCGUAAUAUUGGGAAUGUACUUAAAAAUAUUUCCUCUUAUAGAAAAUUAUUGAUGUUGUGAAAAUGUAUUAUUAUUACUCGUUAACAGUGGCACAUUAUCCGUAUGAUUAAAUUGACAUUAUUAUAUUUAUUAAAAAGAAUACAAAAUGACUUCACUCUCUGCCAUUCUGCUAUUUAUUCAAACAUAUUUUUGACUAUAUUAUACUUACUAGCUCAUCAGAUUUAAAAUGAUGAUCAGAGAUAAUAAAAAUAUAUUUCUUAAAUCUUAUCAUCAAUACCAGAGGUUUUCGAGUAAUAAAAUUAUUAUGUGAUAUCUGUCUACUGAAUUAUCCGACAUUAGAAAUGUAUAAUGCACUCUUAUAUUUAAAAGCACCAUAUUUUGUGAAUAUUAUGUCUGUUACAUAAAAAGUACAUUAAGUUAGGUUCUUCGGUAAGCUAAAUCCGAACGUGUACUUAUAAUGAAAAAG